CACUAUGUUGUUCGAGGUCCUGAGAAGACCCCAUACGAAGGUAAAUAAAUGCACUUCAUGUAAAGUACAGUUCUCUGAAUAAUAUUACUUUAAAUGCUCUCAUACUAAGAUAUUGACCUUUUUAAUUCUGUGUCUGACUAAAUUGUUCAGAAUGUUCCUUUUUGAUUUGCUUAGAUUUUCAGAAUUACGGAUUCAUUUUCGACAAUAUUGUUUUUAUACUAGAUUGUCCGUUAAUUGAUUGAAUGUCUUGAUUCUUUGUUCCACAGGGGGAUAUUAUCAUGGCAAACUAAUAUUCCCUCGGGAGUUCCCCUUUAAGCCACCCAGCAUCUACAUGAUCACACCAAACGGGAGAUUUAAGUGUAACACGAGGUAAGAAUCAAAUGACCCUGAACGCAUGUGAACGUACAGUACUAGAAGAUACUACGAAGAUGGCGCCGUACUGUAUGGCCACUGUUUUGCGAGACCCUACCUUUCUUUUAAAGGUAUCUGUGACCAUCAUAUGCAUAUCUGUAUUCCCAGUCAUGUGAAGUCCAUAGUUUAGGGCCUAAUUAAUUUAUUUAAAUUGACUGAUUUCCUUAUAUGAACUGUAGCUCAGUAAAAUCUUUGAAAUUGUUGCAUGUUGCGUUUUAUGUUUUUUGUUCAGUAUAUUUAACCAUAAACGUAAUUGAGGCAUGGCUGGCCACUAAUAAACGGGUCCUGAACAUCUCUAAAACUAAGAGCAUUGGAUUUGGUACAAAUCAUUCCCCAAAGUUCUAGACCUCAGCUGAAUCUGGUAAUGAAUGGUGUGGCUGUUGAACAAGUUGAGGAGACUAAAUUACUUGGUGUUCCCUUAGAUUGUAAACUGUCAUGGUCAAAACAUAUAGAUUCAAUGGUUGUAAAGAUGGGGAGAGGUCCGUCCGUAAUAAAGAGAUGCUCUGCUUUUUUGACACCACACUCCACAAAGCAAGUCCUGCAGGCUCUAGUUUUGUCUUAUCUUGAUUAGUGUCCAGUCAUGUGGUCAAGUGCUGAAAGGAAAGACCUAGUUAAGCUGCGGCUGGCCUAGAACAGAGCAGUAGAGUAAAUUGACAUUUUGCUUUUUCUGUUCGUUACUUUUUCGUUUCUUUAUUUGUUGCCUGACGAAAAUGCGGACAGUUCUAACAUCUUGCGCCUCGGAAUUCAAUAAGGACGCGUGCCGUUGAGCAGGGCGGUUGGCAGCCGGUAGAAGGGUAUUAUAAUGAUUAUAUUCAGCCCAACGGCACAACGGACACUUUGGCCGCAAGUCAUGGAUUUUUUUAGGUGGCAUUUCGGCCACACAAGGGGGAAAUUUGAGACCUCCGCACGCCUGGAGUUUACAAAAAGGCAUGUAAGGCAAAAAUAUUCUGUGGUCUGAUGAAACAAAAAUGUAACUAUUUGGCCUGAAUGCAAAUCGCUAUGUCUGGAGAAAACCAGGCACAGCUCAUCACCUGUCUAACACCAUCCCUACCGUGAAGCAUGGUGGUGGCAGCAUCAGUUAUGGGGAUGCUUUUCAGCAGCAGGGACUGGGAGACUGGUAAGGAUAGAGGGAACAAUGAAUGGAGCCAAAUACAGGCAAAUCCUUGAUGAGAACCUGCUUCAGAGUGCAAAUGACCUUAGACUGGGGCAAGGAUUUACAUUCCAACAGGACAAUGACCCCAAGCAUACAGCCAAAGCAUCACUGGAAUGGCUUCAGAGCAAGAAUGUGAAAGUCCUUGAGUGGCCCAGCCAAAACCCAUACUUGAAUCCCAUUGAAAAUCUGUGGAAAUACUUCAAGGUUGCUGUUGACCGCUGCUCCCGAUCAAACUUGGCAGAGCUUGAGAAAAUCUGCAAGGAAGUAUGGGAGAAAAUCCCCAAAUCCAGAUGUGCAGAGCUGAUACAGACAUACCCAAGACGACUCAAAGCUGUAAUCGCCGUAAAAAAGGUGCUUCUACAAAGUUUUAACUCAGGGGUGUGAAUACAUAGGUACAUUUGCGAAAAUUUCUAAAAUCAUGUUUUCACGUUGUCAAUAUUAUGUGUAGAUGGGUGAGAAAAACAAUAUAUUGAAUCCAUUUUGAAUUCAGGCUGAAACAGAAUAACUCAAGGCUGGAACUGACCCUGUAUAUAGUCACCUGACCCCUAUACAUAUCUACCUCCAUCACUCCAGUAUCCCUGCACAUUGUUAAUAUGGUAUAGAACUGACCCUGUAUAUAGUCACCUGACCCCUAUACAUAUCUACCUCCAUCACUCCAGUAUCCCUGCACAUUGUUAAUAUGGUAUUGGAACUGACCCUGUAUAUAGUCACCUGACCCCUAUACAUAUCUACCUCUAUCACUCCAGUAUCCCUGCACAUUGUUAAUAUGGUAUUGGAACUGACCCUGUAUAUAGUCACCUGACCCCUAUACAUAUCUACCUCCAUCACCCCAGUAUCCCUGCACAUUGUUGAUAUGGUAUAGAACUGACCCUGUAUAUAGUCACCUGACCCCUAUACAUAUCUACCUCCAUCACUCCAGUAUCCCUGCACAUUGUUAAUAUGGUAUUGGAACUGACCCUGUAUAUAGUCACCUGACCCCUAUACAUAUCUACCUCCAUCACUCCAGUAUCCCUGCACAUUGUUGAUAUGGUAUAGAACUGACCCUGUAUAUAGUCACCUGACCCCUAUACAUACAGUUGAAGUCUGAAGUUUACAUACACCUUAGCCAAAUACAUUUAAACUCAGUUUUCACAAUUCCUGACAUUUAAUCCUUGUAAAAAUUCCCUGUUUUAGGUCAGUUAGGAUCACCACUUUAUUUUAACAAUGUGAAAUGUCAGAAUAAUAGUUGAGAGAAUGAUUUAUUUCAGCUUUUAUUUCUUUCAUCACAUUCCCAGUGGGUCAGAAGUUUACAUACACUCAAUUAGUAUUUGGUAGCAUUGCCUUUAAAUUGUUUAACUUGGGUCAAACGUUUCGGGUAGCCUUCCACAAGCUUCCCACAAUAAGUUGGGUGAAUUUUGGCCCAUUCCUCCUGACAGAGCUGGUGUAACUGAGUCAGGUUUGUAGGCCUCCUUGCUCACACAUGCAUUUUCAGUUCUGCCCACAACUUUUCUAUAGGAUUGAGGUCAGUGCUUUGUGAUGGCCACUCCAAUACCUUGACUUUGUUGUCCUUAAGCCAUUUUGCCACAACUUUGGAAGUAUGCUUGGGGUCAUUGUCCAUUUGGAAGACCCAUUUGCGACCAAGCUUAACUUCCUGACUGAUGUCUUGAGAUGUGGCUUCAAUAUAUCCACAUAGUUUUCCUUCCUCAUGAUGACAUCUAUUUUGUGAAGUGCACCAGUCCCUCCUGCAGCAAAGCACCCCCGCUGCAUGAUGCUGCCACCCCCGUGCUUCACGGUUGGGAUGGUGUUCUUCGGCUUGCAAGCCACCCUCCUUUUCCUCCAAACAUAACGAUGGUCAUUAUGGCCAAACAGCUCUAUUUUUGUUUCAUCAGACCAGAGGACAUUUCUCCAAAAAGUACGAUCUUUGUCCCAAUGUGCAGUUGCAAACCGUAGUCUGGCUUUUUUAUGGCGGUUUUGGAGCAGUGGCUUCUUCCUUGCUGAGCGGCCUUUCAGGUUAUGUUAAUAUAGGACUCGUUUUACUGUGGAUAUAGAUACUUUUGUACCUGUUUCCUCCAGCAUCUUCACAAGGUCCUUUGCUGUUGUUCUGGGAUUGUUUUGCACUUUUCGCACCAAAGUACGUUCGUCUCUAGGAGACAGAACGCGUCUCCUUCCUGAGCGGUAUGAUGGCUGCGUGGUCCCAUGGUGUUUAUACUUGUGUACUAUUGUUUGUACAGAUGAACGUGGUACCUUCAGGCGUUAGGUAAUUGCUCCCAAGGAUGAACCAGACUGAGGUCUUGGCUGAUUUCUUUUGAUUUUCCCAUGAUGUCAAGCAAAGAGGCACUGAGUUUGAAGGUAGGCCUUAAAAUACAUCCACAGGUACACAUCCAGUUGACUCAAAUGAGGUCAAUUAGCCUAUCAGAAGCUUCUAAAGCCAUGACAUCAUUUUCUGUAAUUUUCCAAGCUGUUUAAAGGCACAGUCAACUUAGUGUAUGUAAACUUCUGACCCACUGGAAUUGUGAUACAGUGAAUUAUAAGUUAAAUAAUCUGUCUGUAAACAAUUGUUGGAAAAAUUACUUGUCAUGCACAAAGUAGAUGUCCUAACCGACUUGCCAAAACUAUAGUUUGUUAACAAGACAUUUGUGGAGUGGUUGAAAAACGAGUUUUAAUGACUCCAACCUAAGUGUAUGUAAACUUCCGACUUCAACUGUAUCUACCUACUGGCCCAAGGGGGGCCUUUUAUUGACAAUUACUUUAAGUUUAUGCAAAGAGUCAAUAUUUGCAGUGUUGACCCUUCUUUUUCAAGACCUCUGCAAUCCACCCUGGCAUGCUGUCAACUUCUGGGCCACAUCCUGACUGAUGGCAGCCCAUUCUUGCAUAAUCAAUGCUUGGAGUUUGUCAGAAUUUGUGGGUUUUUGUUUGUCCACCCGCCUCUUGAGGAUUGACUACAAGUUCUCAAUGGGAUUAAGGUCUGGGGAGUUUCCUGGCCAUGGACCAAAAAUUUCGAUGUUUUGUUCCCCGAGCCACUUAGUUAUCACGUUUGCCUUAUGGCAAGGUGCUCCAUCAUGCUGGAAAAGGCAUUGGUCGUCACCAAACUGUUCUUGGAUGGUUGGGAGAAGUUGCUCUCGGAGGAUGUGUUGGUACCAUUCUUUAUUCAUGGCUGUGUUCUUAGGCAAAAAUGUGAGUGAGCCCACUCCCUUGGCUGAGAAGCAACCCCACACAUGAAUGGUCUCAGGAUGCUUUACUGUUGGCAUGACACAGGACUGAUGGUAGCGCUCACCUUGUCUUCUCCGGACAAGGUGUUUUCCGGAUGCCCCAAACAAUCGGAAAGGGGAUUCAUCAGAGAAAAUGACUACCCCAGUCCUCAGCAGUCCAAUCCCUGUACCUUUUGCAGAAUAUCCGUCUGUCCCUGAUGUUUUUCCUGGAGAGAAGUGGCUUCCUCGCUGCUCUUCUUGACACCAGGCCAUCCUCCAAAAGUCUUCGCCUCACUGUGCAUGCAGAUGCACUCACACCUGCCUGCUGCCAUUCCUGAGCAAGCUCUGCACUGGUUGUGCCCCGAUCCCGCAGCUGAAUCAACUUUAGGAGACGGUCCUGGCACUUGCUGGACUUUCUUGGGCGCCCUGACGCCUUCUUCACAACAAUUGAACCUUUCUCCUUGAAGUUCUUGAUGAUCUGAUAAAUGGUUGAUUUAGGUGCAAUCUUACUAGCAGCAAUAUCCUUGCCUGUGAAGCCCUUUUUGUGCAAAGCAAGGAUGACGGCACGUGUUUCCUUGCAGGUAACCAUGGUUAACAGUGGAAGAACAAUGAUUUCAAGCACCACCCUCCUUUUAAAGCUUCCAGUCUGUUAUUCUAACUCAAUCAGCAUGACAGAGUGAUCUCCAGCCUUGUCCUCGUCAACACUCUCACCUGUGUUAACAAGAGAAUCACAUACAUGAUGUCAGGUGGUCCUUUUGUGGCAGGGCUGAAAUCCAGUGGAAAUGUUUUUUUGGGAUUAAGUUCAUUUUCAUGACAAAGAGGGACUUUGCAAUUAAUUGCAAUUCAUCUGAUCACUCUUCAUGACAUUCUGGAGUAUAUGAAAAUUGCCAUCAUCAAAACUGAGGCAGCAGACUUUGUGAAAAUUAGUAUUUGUGUCAUUCUCAAAACCUUUCACCACGACUGUAGAUGUCCUAACCGACUUGCCAAAACUAUAGUUUGUUAACAAGAAAGUUGUAAUGACUCCAAACUAAGUGUAUGUAAACUUCCGACUUCAACUGUAUUUGUGUCAGUGUAUGAGCUUCUAGUGAGUGUACACUCUCUGGGCAUUGCCUUACAUUACGGUAGUAGGACAUUCCACUGAGGUAGAUCAUUGCCUUAUAUUACAGUAAUAGGAUGUUCCACUGAGGUAGAUCAUUGCCUUAUAUUACAGUAAUAGGAUGUUCCACUGAGGUAGAUCAUUGCCUUACAUGAAAACUGAAGCAGCAGACGUUGUGAAAAUUAAUAUUUGUGUCAUUCUCAAAACUUUUCACCACGACUGUACAUGACCAAAAGUAUGUGGACACCUGCUCGUCGAACAUCUCAUUCCAAAAUCAUGGGCAUUAAUAUGGAGUCGGUCCCCCCUUUGCUGCUAUAACAGCCUCCACUCUUCUGGGAAGGCUUUUCACUAGAUGUUGGAACAUUGCUGUAGGGACUUGCUUCCUUCCAUUCAGCCACAAGCAUUAGUGAGGUCGGGCACUGAUGUUCGGCAAUUAGGCCUGGCUCGCAGUAGGUGUUCCAAUUAAUCCCAAAGGAAUGUUAGAUGGGGUUGAGGUCAGGGCUCUGUGCAGGCCAGUCAACUGCCUCCACACUGAUCUCGACAAACCAUUUCUAUAUGGACCUUGCUUUGUGCACGGGGGAAUUGACAUGCUGAAACAGGAAAGGCCCUUCCCUCAACUGUUGCCACAAAGUUGGAAGCACAGAAUUGUCUAGAAUGUCAUUGUAUGCUGUAGCUUUAAGAUUUCCCUUCACUGGAACUAAGGGGCCUAGCCCGAACCAUGAAAAACAGCCCCAGACCAUUAUUCCUCCUCCACCCAAUCCCAGAUUAGUCCGUCGGACUGCCAGAUGGUGAAGAGUGAUUCAUCACUUCAGAGAACGUGUUUCCACUGCUCCAGAAUCCAAUGUCGGUGAGCUUUACACCACUCCAGCCGACGCUUGGCAUUGCGCAUGGUGAUCUUAGGCUUGUGUGCGGCUGCUCGGCCAUGGAAACCAAUUUCAUGAAGCUCCCGACAAACAGUUAGUGUGCAGAUGUUGCUUCCAGAGGCAGUUUGGAACUCGGUAGUGAGUGUUGCAACCGAGGACAGACGAUUGUUUCGCGCUACGCGUUUCAGCACUCGGGGGUCCCGUUCUGUGAGCUUGUGUAUCCUACCACUUCGCGGCUGAGCCAUUGUUGCUCCUAGAUGUUUCCACUUCACAAUAACAGCACUUACAGUUGACCGGGGCAGCUCUAGCAGGGCAGAAAUUUGAUGAACUGACUUGUUGGAAAGGUGGCAUCCUAUGACGGUGCCACGUUGAAAGUCACUGAGCUCUUCAGUAAGGCCAUUCUACUGCCAAUGUCUGUCUAUGGAGAUUGCAUGGCUGUGUGCUCGAUUUUAUACACCUGUCAGCAACAGGUGUGGCUGAAAUAGAAUCCACUAAUAUGAAGGGGUGUCCUCAUACUGCUGUAUAUAUAGUGCAUCUCUAUUAGAAUCCACUAAUAUGAAGGGGUGUCCACAUACUGCUGUAUAUAUAGUGCAUCUCUAUUAGAAUCCACUAAUAUGAAGGGGUGUCCACAUACUGCUGUAUAUAUAGUGUACCUCUAUUAGAAUCCACUAAUAUGAAGGGGUGUCCACAUACUGCUGUAUAUAUAGUGUACCUCUAUUAGAAUCCACUAAUAUGAAGGGGUGUCCUCAUACUGCUGUAUAUAUAGUGCAUCUCUAUUAGAAUCCACUAAUAUGAAGGGGUGUCCACAUACUGCUGUAUAUAUAGUGUACCUCUAUUAGAAUCCACUAAUAUGAAGGGGUGUCCACAUACUGCUGUAUAUAUAGUGCAUCUCUAUUAGAAUCCACUAAUAUGAAGGGGUGUCCCCAUACUGCUGUAUAUAUAGUGUACCUCUAUUAGAAUCCACUAAUAUGAAGGGGUGUCCACAUACUGCUGUAUAUAUAGUGUACCUCUAUUAGAAUCCACUAAUAUGAAGGGGUGUCCACAUACUGCUGUAUAUAUAGUGCAUCUCUAUUAGAAUCCACUAAUAUGAAGGGGUGUCCACAUACUGCUGUAUAUAUAGUGUACCUCUAUUAGAAUCCACUAAUAUGAAGGGGUGUCCACAUACUGCUGUAUAUAUAGUGUAUCUCUAUUAGAAUCCACUAAUAUGAAGGGGUGUCCACAUACUGCUGUAUAUAUAUAUAGUGUAUCUCUAUUAGAAUCCACUAAUAUGAAGGGGUGUCCACAUACUGCUGUUUAUAUAGUGUACCUCUAUUAGAAUCCACUAAUAUGAAGGGGUGUCCAUCAUAUAUUGAAGCAACAUCUCAAGACAUCAGUCAGGAAGUUAAAGCUUGGUCGCAAAUGGGUCUUCCAAAUGGACAAUGACCCCAAGCAUAUUUUCCAAAGUUGUGGCAAAAUGGCUUAAGGACAACAAAGUCAAGGUAUUGGAGUGGCCAUCACAAAGCCCUGACCUCAAUCCUAUAGAAAAUGUGCGGGCAGAACUGAAAAAAACGUGUGUGAGCAAGGAGGCCUAUAAACCUGACUCCGUUACACCAGCUCUGUCAGGAGGAAUGGGCCAAAAUUCACCCAACUUAUUGUGGGAAGCUUGUGGAAGGCUACCCGAAACAUUGACCCAAGUUAAACAAUUUAAAGGCAAUGCUACCAAAUACUAAUUGAGUGUAUGUAAACUUCUGACCCACUGGGAAUGUGAUGAAAGAAAUAAAAGCUGAAAUAAAUCAUUCUCUCUACUAUUAUUCUGACAUUUCACAUUCUUAAAAUAAAGUGGUGAUCCUAACUGACCUAAAACAGGGAAAUUUUACUAGGAUUAAAUGUCAGGAAUUGUGAAAAACUGAGUUUAAAUGUAUUUGGCUAAGGUGUAUGUAAACUUCUGACUUCAACUGUAUAGUGUCUCUAUUAGAAUCCACUAAUAUGAAGGGGUGUCCACAUACUGCUGUAUAUAUAGUGCAUCUCUAUUAGAAUCCACUAAUAUGAAGGGGUGUCCACAUACUACUGUAUAUAUAGUGUGUCCUACUUACUUUCUCGUGUUCUUCUUAUGUCUUAUUUUUAUGUCUCGUGUUUUUGUUCUACCUUGUUGUUUUUAGUGCUACGUUGAUUACUGCAUUGUUGGGUUUAGAGCUUGCAGGAAAGGCAUUUCACUGUACUUGUGCACGUGACAUUGAAACUUGAAACAACACAAUGGAUCUUCAGUACAUAUCCUAAAUGGAUGUCUUUUAGUCUCAGGGUUUGAACUAUGGAACUGUGUUCUGUUCUGUUAAAUCAUUUCAUCCAUUUCCUGCUGUCUUUUCCUGAGUGUGUGUCGGUGUAUCUCUUCCCCCCCUGAGUGUCACAGUGUAUCUCUUCCCCCCCUGAGUGUCACAGUGUAUCUCUUCCCCCCCUGAGUGUCACAGUGUAUCUCUUCCCCUCCUGUGUGUCACGGUGUAUCUCUUCCCCUCCUGUGUGUCACGGUGUAUCUCUUCCCCUCCUGACUGAGUGUCACAGUGUAUCUCUUCCCCUCCUGACUGAGUGUCACAGUGUAUCUCUUCCCCUCCUGUGUGUCAUGGUGUAUCUCUUCCCCUCAGUGAUUGUGUCAAGGACGGUGUAUCUCUUCCCCUCCUGACUGAGUGUGUCACGGUCUAUCUCUUCCCCUCCUGACUGAGUGUGUCACGGUCUAUCUCUUCCCCUCCUGACUGAGUGUGUCACGGUCUAUCUCUUCCCCUCCUGACUGAGUGUGUCACGGUCUAUCUCUUCCCCUCCUGACUGAGUGUGUCACGGUGUAUCUCUUCCCCUCCUGACUGAGUGUGUCACUUGUAUCUCUUCUCCCUGGUGACUGAGUGUGUCGCGGUGUAUCUCUUCCCCCAGGUUAUGUUUAUCCAUCACUGAUUUCCACCCAGACACGUGGAACCCAGCCUGGUCCGUCUCCACCAUCCUGACGGGUCUGCUCAGCUUCAUGGUGGAGAAAGGCCCUACCCUGGGUAGUAUCGAGACCUCCGACUACACCGUGAGUUCAUAUUACUUACUUAAUAUUAAUAUUACUUACUUCAUCCUCUCCAACCCCAUUGGAACAUACAGUGCAUUCGGAAAGUAUUCAGAACCCUCGACUUUUUCUAUCAUUUGGUACAUUACAGCCUUAUUCUAAAAUGUAUGAAAUAAAUAAAAAUCCUAAUCAAUCUACACACAAUACCCCAUAAUGACAAAGCGAAAGCAGGUUUUUAGACAUUUUUGCAAAUGUAAAAAAAACUAAAACAGCAAUACCUUAUUUACAUAAGUAUUCAGACCCUUUGGUAUGAGACUCAGAAUUGAGCUGAAGGUGCAUCCUGUUUCCAUUGAUCAUCCUUGAGAUGUUUCUACAACUUGAUUGGAGUCCACCUGUGGUAAAUUCAAUUGAUUGGACAUGAUUUGGAAAGCCACACACCUGUCUAUAUAAGGUCCCACAGUUGGCAGUGCAUGUCAGAGCAAAAACCAAGCCAUGAGGUCAAAGGAAUUGUCCGUAGAGCUCUGAGACAGGAUUGUGUCGAGGCACAGAUCUGGGGAAGGGUACCAAAACAUUUCUGCAGCAUUGAAGGUCCCCAAGAACACAGUGGCCUCAAUCAUUCUAAAAUGGAAGAAGUUUGAAACCACCAAGACUCUUCCUAGAGCUGGCCGCCCGGCCAAACUGAGAAAUCACUCGAACAGAACUCCAGAGUUCCUCUGUGGAGAUGGGAGAACCUUCCAGAAGGCCAACCAUCUCUGCAGCACUCCACCAAUCAGGUCUUUAUGGUAGAAUGGCAAGAUGGAAGCCACUCCUCAGUAAAAGGCACAUGACAGCCCGCUUGGAGUUUGCCAAAAGGCACCUAAAGGACUCUCAGACCAUGAGAAACAAGAUUAUCUGGUCUAAUGAAACCAAGAUUGAAUUCUUUGGCCUUAAUGCCAAGUGUCACAUCUGGAGGAAACCUGGCACCAUCCUUACGGUGAAGCAUGGUGGUGGCAGCAUCAUCAUGUUUUGGGGAUGUUUUUCAGAGGCAGGGACUGGGAGACUAGUCAGGAUCGAGGGAAAGAUGAACGGAGCAAAGUACAGAGAGAUCCUUGAUGAAAACCUGCUCCAACACGCUCAGGAGCUCAGACUGGGGCGAAGGUUCACCUUCCAACAGGACUACGACCCUAAGCACACGGGACAAGCCCGGACUUGAACCCAAUUGAACAUCUCUGGACAGACCUGAGAUGUUGUCCUUUUGGGAGUUGAACCAUCGCCCCAGUCUAAGGUCACGGUCUUUACAUUUUUACAUUUUAGUCAUUUAGCAGACGCUCUUAUCCAGUGAGUGCAUACAUUAUUUUUAUAUUUAUUUUUUUAGAGUCCUGUUUAUAAGCAUUUGUAUUGCCAUUUUAUCAGGUUGUAAUGUGGAUGUGAAUGUAAUGUUAGUCAUAUAAUAGUUAGGAUGAAUGACUGCAUGUUGGUAUUUUUUGCCUUAUUUUCUGAAUGAUUGUUGCUUCUUUGGUUAUUUAUUUAUUUCUUGUUUUGUUGUUUAUUUCGUCCAGAAAAGACAGCUGUCGGCCCAGAGCUUGGCUUUCAACCUGAAGGACAAGGUGUUCUGUGAACUGUUUCCUGAUGCAGUCGAUGUGAGUCUGAAUUGAAACAAUUGACUAAACACAGAUACUAUGUCAAAACAAACUAGUGAGCAGCGUAACCUUGACCAGAGCCUUAUUUCAUCUACUGACUGACUUCCAUCCUUCUCCUCCCCCUCUCUUACCCUUACUCUCCUCUCCUAUUCCUCCCUCCAUCCCUUCUCUCACCCUCCAUUUCUCUUUCUCCAUCCCUCUCUCUUCCCUCCCUCUCUCUGAUCUCUCCUUCCCUCUCUCUCAUCGCUCCCUCCCUCUCUCCAGGAGAUCAAGCAGAAGCAGAAGGCCCAGGAGGAGUUGAGCGCCCGCCCCCAGCCCCUCCCCCUCCCAGACGUGGUUCCCGACGGCGACCUUCAACACGGCAACUACGGAAUCCCCGCCCUCAACGGAGGCCAUGCCCCCUUGGGCCCUGCUAUGCCCGCCCCCGGCCUGCAGCAGGCCAAUCGUAAUCACGGACUGCUGGGCGGGGCCUUGGCCAACCUGUUUGUGAUUGUGGGGUUCGCUGCGUUUGCCUACACGGUGAAGUACGUGCUGCGGAGCAUCGCCCAGGAG